AGCCGGACCCCACCCGAGGCCCCGCCCCACCCGCGAGCCGCAGCCGUGGCCCCACCGCUUCUGGGGCUGGGGCCCCGGGACCGGGCAGCCCGGCCUGACCUCGACCUCCGCUGUGCGGGCCCGACCGGUGAGUCCAGCCCGGCAGUCGCAGGCUCCGGCCGCCAGGCCCUCCCUCCACCUCUCCCUGCCCCCAGCGCCAGGCGCGGGCUGCGCUCGGUGGCGGCGACGGGGCCCGCAGGCGGCCAUGGCGGCAGGCGCCGGGGCCAGGUCCGCGCCGCGCUGGCUGAGGGCGCUGAGCGAGCCGCUGAGCGCGGCGCAGCUGCGGCGACUGGAGGAGCACCGCUACAGCGCGGCGGGCGUCUCGCUGCUCGAGCCGCCGCUGCAGCUCUACUGGACCUGGCUGCUCCAGUGGAUCCCGCUCUGGAUGGCCCCCAACUCCAUCACCCUGCUGGGGCUCGCCGUCAACGUGGUCACCACGCUCGUGCUCAUCUCCUACUGUCCCACGGCCACCGAGGAGGCACCAUACUGGACAUACCUUUUAUGUGCACUGGGACUUUUUAUUUACCAAUCACUGGAUGCCAUUGAUGGGAAACAAGCCAGAAGAACAAACUCUUGUUCUCCUUUAGGGGAGCUCUUUGACCAUGGUUGUGACUCUCUUUCCACAGUAUUUAUGGCAGUGGGAGCUUCAAUUGCCGCUCGCUUAGGAACUCAUCCUGAUUGGUUUUUUUUCUGCUCUUUUAUUGGGAUGUUUGUGUUUUAUUGCGCUCAUUGGCAGACUUAUGUUUCAGGCGUGUUGAGAUUUGGAAAAGUGGAUGUAACUGAAAUUCAGAUAGCUUUAGUGAUUGUCUUUGUAUUAUCUGCAUUUGGAGGAGCAACAAUGUGGGACUAUACGAUUCCUAUUCUAGAAAUAAAAUUGAAGAUCCUUCCAGUUCUUGGAUUUCUAGGUGGAGUAAUAUUUUCCUGUUCAAAUUAUUUCCAUGUUAUCCUCCAUGGUGGUGUUGGCAAGAAUGGAUCCACUAUAGCAGGCACCAGUGUCUUGUCACCUGGACUCCACAUAGGACUAAUUAUUAUACUGGCAAUAAUGAUCUAUAAAAAGUCAGCAACUGAUGUGUUUGAAAAGCAUCCUUGUCUUUAUACCCUAAUGUUUGGAUGUGUCUUUGCUAAAGUCUCACAAAAAUUAGUGAUAGCUCACAUGACCAAAAGUGAACUGUAUCUUCAAGACACUGUCUUUUUGGGGCCAGGUCUUUUGUUUUUAGACCAGUACUUUAAUAAUUUUAUAGACGAAUAUGUUGUUCUAUGGAUAGCAAUGGUAAGUAUUUUUCUCCAUUUUAUUUAUUUUUUAACAAUGCUUAAGAGCUAUUUCAGUGAGCUAUCAGUAGCCUCAAGAUCUAGUCUAGGCUGGGAGUGGUGGCUUACGCCUGUAAUCCCAGCACUUUGGGAGGCCGAGGUGGAUGGAUCAUUUGAGGUCCGGAGUUCGAGACCAACCUGGCCAACAUGGUAAAACUCUGUCUGUACCAAAAAAUACAAAAAAUUAGCCAGGCGUGGUGGUGCAUCCCUGUAAUCCCAGCUACUCAGGAGGCUGAGGCAGGCGAAUCACUUGAACCUGGGAGGCAGAGGUUGCGGUGAGCCGAGAUCAUGCCACUGCACUCCAGCCUGGGUGACACAGCGAGACUCUGUCUCAAAAAAAAAAAGAUCUAGUCUAUACAAUAUAUACAAUAGAUGUUUCUGAGUAUUUAAAAUUACUUCUUCUAAGCUGUGAAUAAUUUUAUAUUGUGUGUAGAAAUGGCCACAUAUCUAUAGGCCAGGUUUCCAACAACCUAGAUUCUUGGAAACACAACUGUGUACCUAAAAAUGGCUAUAUUUUUUUCCCCCAAAAUACCAGUACAAAGAUGCCAAAAACCACUUUACUCUGCCCAAAGACUUUAUUCCCAGUUUACAGCAAGUAACAGGAAAAUUAGAUGGGGUUAGUACUAGCAAAGGUGGGCACUUUAUUGCAUCGAGAAUUGUCAGCUAAUAUUGAGGAAAAAAACCAGAAUAGACAGUGCUACUAAAUACAGGAUUCUCAGACCAUUGUAUGCUAGAUGUAAGGAACCCUUUUUAUGUGUAUGGCCCUUGAGGAUAGUGCAUAAUUUGUAUUAAUGAUGACUCAGUCAUCAAUUAAAUUAAAUUCUCUUUGAUUAUAUCCUGCUUAAGGAAAGGAUGUGGAUGACAUAGAUAUUAAUUUCUAUUCAAAAUGAUUAUAAAAUACAGAAUAUAGUGCUUGAGAGAGACACAUUAGCCAUCUAAGGAAAAGAAAAUCAAUAUUGGUAACACUUCAAUUACAAAGGUGGAAAAAUGGAGCAUUAUUACAUUUUUUUUCUAUUAUUGAGACAUAUCUUUAUGGUUGGUCUCCAAUUAAUGGUGGCUUUGAAUAGUUUUGUUGUAUUUCUAUCUCUGGACCCACUGGUUAUCACCAGAUUCAUAGUGAUAUAUAAAUAUACUGAAGUACACCAAAACAAAACCCCCCAAAACCCUGCAGUGAAUCUUUUGAUAAUUCAAAUAAUCUCACCGUAUUUGUUAGAUUUGGAUAUUUAAAAAAAUCUAUAUCUAUUCUGUGCAUGGAUUACAGGAGUACCUCUAAUGGUCCUUUACUAGGUUGUGUAGUAUGCUUUUUCUGGAGUAACUUAAUAACAUAAUAUUCAUUCAUAGUCCAUUCAGAAGUCUUCAUUCUUCCUAUGGUGGCAGUGAGAUGUACUUAAGUCUUUGAGGUGGACAAUGAACGUUUUCAGGCAAAAUUUUUAAAAAAAUGUUUAAAAAUCAGAAUAAUGUCCUUUAAUUUGGUAUCCACUAUAAAUAUUUUUAGGGCUCCAAAACAAUCCAGUUUAAAAAAUAGGGGAUAAUUAAUCAAAAUAUCUAAAAAUUCAAUGUAAGUUUUCUUUUAGUGAACUUAGGUAUGUAUUACAAGUGGAAUUGUUGAAUUAAAAUAUCAGGUGUUAAAAAAAUCAAUCAUCUAUUGUAAUGAGUAAUUGGCCUGGUUUACACCUGUGAUGGAGACUGGUAAACUGAGGAAAUCAAAUUCAAUUUCUAUUUAAAACACUAUGUGGAUGACAAAAAAAAAAAAAAAAAAAGCCACACACACAAUGUGGUGCUUUUCAAGUAAGCUUUUAACGUAAAUGAUAGAGAUUUUCCCCUCAUGGGUGAGAAUUCCCUCUCCAAGGGCAGAGCUAUGAGUCUCCUUUUUCUUCUGGGUUUCAUUUUCUGAAGAGAAGCAUUUGACUGUAGACUCUGGGCAAAGUUUCUAAAUAGAGGCCAUCUUUAAAUUUGUAAACACAAUUUUGUAUAUGCUUCAAGUAUGGUAUCUUUUCUAGACCUUUUACCUUCUUACAACUAACCUCAAAGAAACAGAAAUGUAUGUGAUGGAAUUAGUUCAUUAUAAGAUGACUGAUAACCUCUUCUAGAAGGAAAUUUGCAGCUUCGUGGCACAGCAGGAAGUUGAAACAAUGUGGAGUCAGGAGAGUUGGGUUCUGUGACUUUCUAGCUUCUGUAUUUUAGUCGUCUUUUUUACCUCAGCCUCAGUGUCUAUACCUGUGAAAUAACCUGCAUUUUCCAGAGGACUACAGUGAGGUCCAAAUUUGAAAUGUAUUAAAGUGCUUUAAAAUGUAGUAUUUUUGGUGAAGAAUUUUAGGUUAAGGUUUGAUAUUUGGGGGAGAAACAGAAUAGUGCUACUUGA